AUGAGGAUACGGAAAAAGGGAGAACAAAGUGGACACAGCAUGUACUCUAAAUCCUGCUCUAUAGAUAUUUCUGGGUACAAAAAGCUGUAUUACAAAAUAAUCUUUGGCGCACAGCAAUACUACAACAGUUCUGCCACUGUCAAUCUCUGUACUCUUGUGUUUCAGAUCGAAUGCCAUCCAUACCUGACCCAGGAGAAGCUGAUCAAUUAUUGCCAGUCCAAAGGGAUCUCUGUGACAGCAUACAGUCCUCUUGGCUCUCCUGACAGGCCAUGGGCUAAACCAGAGGAUCCUUCCCUUCUGGAUGACCCCAAGAUUAAAGAGAUUGCAGCCAAGCACAACAAAACCCCAGCACAGGUUCUCCUUCGCUUCCAGAUCCAGAGAAAUGUGGUUGUGAUUCCCAAGUCCGUCACCCCCCAGCGCAUUGUGGAGAACUCCAAGGUAUUUGACUUUGAAUUGACUAAAGAAGAGAUGGCAACUGUUCUCAGUGUUAACAGGAACUGGAGGGUCUGUGGGAUGGCACUGGCCAAAACUCACAAGGAGUACCCUUUCAAUGCAGAAUACUGAAGAUGUUUGUAACAUGGCCUUCACUAGACCUCUGGUGUCUCCUCCAACUUUGAGCUAUGUAUCCAGCUUUCUUACUGCAUCUGCCUUGCUUCUGCCACUGAAGUCAAAGGAUACUUAUUACAUCGAUUUUGUUUAUUUUUGGAAGAAGGAAAGAGUAGUGUUCUACAGAACAAAAUGUGGGAUGUAAUAAUUUCUGCUUAUCAGAAGAGAUGAUUAUUACUGAAAUGACUGGGCAGAACUGCUAAGCAGAAGAUGAGGAGCUUGAACCACCAUUCACUGAGUGCCUUCAGCCUUGCACCAGCACAAACCAGAGGCUGAGAAACCACAAGAAAAAGCACACAUCCAGCAUUUCAUCAGAAGUGUCCCAUGUUUUAAAUAAAAAUAAAAUGUG